AUAGAAAAGACCAGCAACAUGGAGGCGGCCACCCAGCAGAUCACCAAUAAGGUCCUCAAACUGGAUCUUGCUGGCAAGAGCAGCGACGAAUACUCACUUAAGUCGCCCAAGUCACCUAUAGCUGCUAUCCCACUACACCUUUUUGAUGGAUGGUCCGAUUUGAAGAUGGAUAUUGCUGAACAAAACAACAUAUAUAUUUACCCUUUUACAACAUUUUCUGAAAUUGUGUGCGCUUAAGUUGGCUUAUGGUCGUUUGUGGACGUUGGAGUAGGUGUGCCACCAUGCUGAAUUAAGCAUGCGCGGUCCCAGAAAGAAUGGACAGACAUCUCAGAGCGGGCAGUUUUCAUGCUAUUUGAAAGUAAAUUCAAUUUAAAUUGCUCCGUCAAUCUGUACCCCACAAAUAUUUAUGUGUUCGAACUGAAAGUUUAGCAUUUAUUGUUUUGUCAACACCAAUGUUUAUACCUAGACAAAAGUUGGCCACUCCUCCUCGUUCGCCAACGUUAUUGCAAACUUCUGUCAGUGGCCUCAAUAUCAGUUGUAGAGCCAUCUGGGACAUAACACGUUUGCCGCAUCAGACAUCGCUGACGUCAUCAGUAGACGUAGAGGACCGGAAGACAUUACGAGAGGCCUUAUACCAGGGUAUUUUUCAUCGACAUCGCCGAUCUAUCUUUGCCGUGGGAAGCUUUCUGCGAAUGCUGCGCAGCCGCAAUUCGCAAUACAACACGAUACGGAGCUCAUCAGAGGGCGAGGACGUCGACGAGCAGCAGCAAAAGAAUCAUCAGGAGGAGCUGAAGCAAUCGCAAGAACAUCUCCACCCGUCUGGCCAACAAGUAUCGACCACAUCCACAGCAUCACCAUCUGGACCGCAGCAUCAAUCGGACUCGGUUUAGAUGGCUUGCUGCUUGAGAUAAAUUUUUGAUUUAUGCAUUAGCCCGACCGACAUUCGCGUAAUAUUACCUAUUUUACGAUUUAAGAUCGUGCAAUCAUGAGCCUAGCCAUCCGUUGUGUUAGCAUGUAGUGAGCCAUAUAACUAUACUAUACCAUUCUCCCGGACAGUGACCUGAUUUAUUCCAAAACAAGAGAAAAGCUGUAGUCGACGGGUUCGACUAUAAUAUACCAGUUGCCCAGCUUUCAAUAAAGCGUCACCUAUCGUUAAUUUCUAUCGACUGUUUUCUAGAUUUCACUACCCUCCCCAUAAUGUGAAAAUUUGUGUAUAAAUACAUCUUGAUCCCUAUCGUACUUUAUUGAGUUUGCUUAUUAUGCACGAAGUUUCAGAACUUACUUGCCAGAUCACAAUUCUAGCUCUUAUAGUUUUCGAGAUCUCAGCGCUUAUACAGACAGACGGACAUGGCUAGAUCGACUCGUCUAUUGAUCCUGAUGAAGAAUAUUUAUGGUUUUUGGGGUUGGAAAUGCUUUUUUCGACCUUUUACAUACUUUCCGACGAAUUUAGUGUGAUAUAACUAAUAUCUGCAGAACACAGAAAGUACAGACGACAUUCCCGAGUAUCUGCUGCUUCAUCUCAUUCUUUACUUGAGCAGCUCGCCUUAUCGUAACUGCGACAUCUUUAAGCUAAAUUAAACGAAUACCUAGUUAUGCUGAACUCAAGCUGAACUAGAAACUACUACUGAUGUACAAGCUACAUAUGUACGCAAACCAAUUUAACUGUAUGAAACUCGCAUUGUUUCUGCGCCCCGCACUCUGUAUUAAGGUGGAAAGGUACCCAGCACACCCAAUUUUUUUUUAAUUACCAACUAAAAAUAUGUAGUAGGAAAUAUCACUUCAAGGCAAUUUAAAUCUCUAAUUUUUGAAUAAGUCUGUGAAUGAGCCCAUAAAACGGCCUUUUCCACCAUUUUUAAAUCAACAACUUUUGUCAGUCAUUUUAUACAUGCUUACACUAAUUUUCACCAUAUAAAAGAACGCUUGAGUAUAGUGCCUCGGCUAUCAGAUACCUCAGGCGCCACGUGGGCGAGGCAUGUUCGCGCAAGGAACUUGUUCUGCGUACGAAGCUAGGGGAUUUAAAUCUGAAAUCCCAAUUGUCUAUCUUUGAUAGUUUCGAGAUAGCAAUGGUUCAAACCUACGAUUUUUUAAAUUCGGGACCGGUUUGUUUCCGUAACAGUGUGCGUGGCAAUAUUUUUGCUGGUUCAACUCAGAGCCACAGUUUUGCACGGUAAUGGGCGUCUGAGGGGGCGUGGUAUGUUCACUGCUUACAAAAAUAAUUAAUAUAAAUCUGAUAUCUGAACCCCUAGCUCUUAAAGUUUCCAAUAUCGCAGCCUUCACACGGAAUGGUGCACUAUAUCGACUGGGCUAGCAUUCAUCGAUCAAGAACGCCAUUUUAGAAAAAGUACAUAAAAAACGGAAACGAUCGGUCCUGAAUAAGUGGCCAUCGCAAAAUCAUUUUCGGGAAAGCAUCUUUCGAGAUAAAGCGUUUGGGAAGACAAAGGUAGUUCGCAAUAAAAUACUUUAUCUUCGGUGCUAACGGACCGAUUGGAAUGAAAUUUGUGUGACUUUUUUAAAACUAUAUAUUUUAAGAAAGUGCAAGCAAACGUGUAUUGAACCCCUUAACUCAAUAACUACCGAAUAUAUCGAAAUGAUAUUCCUGGCUCGCACUCAUCUAAGUAUAAAAAACAAAAUUAGACAAUUGAAAACAUACACAUUAAAUGUGUAAGUGUUGUAGAAAAGCUGAUUUAAAAAGUAAAAUAAAAUGAAAUCUGUAGAUGCCCUCUAAUCCACCUACUAUCAUUUAGAGUGCUGGGCUGCCAAAUAGUCGAGAUAUGAGCGACUAUAUAAGUUUAAGAUAUUCUUAUUUCCCAUUUUUGAUGUCAUUGAGAAUUCAUUGGAAAUUGUUUUUCAUUGCAAUGGGAACAAAAGCAGCAAGUCGAAAAAAAUGAUUUUAAAAUUUAAAGAAAUUGAUAUAUUGGCCUAGAUAUAUGUAGCUGUUAUAUACGAUGUAAAACAUACGAGGAUGUCACAUAAAUCGGAGAGCGCGAAGUUGGUUGAGUUUCUUAUGUGCAUCGUAUAAAUUUUAUACGACUUAGCGCUGAAAUAAUGUCUGAAGGACCUCUGCUGUAUUGACGUUUAAAUGAAUAUAUCCUAGUUUGUAAGAACUACAUUUACAUUUUUUUGCUAAGAGAACUGUGUGUCACCCCGAUUUUGCGUAAUUGAUUUUGAUUUCGAUCCCACACCCUAAUAUCUAAUAGCGUAAACACAUAUUUUAAAACAUUAUUUGUUAAAUAAAGAGCUACUGCUAAUUGAAUAGUUAGAAAGACAUUGUACAGGCAUAUAGUACAGACAUAUAUUACACAUUUAAAAUGGGUUCUUAACAAAAAAGACAACCGUUAUUUUUUAUACAGUACUGUUUCGUAGUUGAUUUCACAUAGAACUUCAAUUAUUUUUUCGAUUUGUCGAUUUGAGUAACAAUAAAAACUAAAGAAAUGCUA